AUGCAUCAAUGCAUUGAUAAACUUCUCUUAGCUGAUCUUCGUCUAGCUGAAGUUCCCAAUUACUUUGUCUUUCUUGGUGCAUAUGGGCCUUUGGGGCAUGGUUGUGUCCUACCAAUGGUCGAGCAUUAUACGGAUUACGUGCUUCAAAUACUUAAGAAAGCACGAACAGAUAAUGUGAAAAGGCUGUCUAUCAAGAGAUCAGUUUCUGAGGACUUUACCCGCUAUGCGGAUGAGUAUCUGAAACGGACAGCCUGGUCAGGGCAAGUAGACUACACCAAUGAUAUCUUAUCCGAUUCAAAUUUUAACUUCCAUAAUAGUCCUUGUAGCUCUUGGUCCCGCAAUGGCGAGACCUCCAAUAAACCAGUACUUUGGCCCGGAUCUCGAAUUCACCAACUCACCGUCCUUCAACACCCAAGAUUCGAACAUUUCGAUUUUGAAUAUCUUGAUGGAAACUCAUGCUCGUUUUUGGGAAAUGGAUUUGAUAUGCGAGAGGUAGACGGCCGAGACCUGACAUGGUACAUGGGCUUGCUAGAUGGUGAGGAUACUCAGCCAGGUCCAUUCGCAAUGAAUAUGGAGGAUGGUAGUGGCAAGCUUACGGGCGUCAAGAACAUAUGCUAG